CCAGUCUGAGCGGCGAUGGCGGCGGCGGCGGCGGCGGCAGCAGCAGCGGGGGCUGCGGGCGGUCGGGGCUCCGGGCCGGGGCGGCGGCGCCAUCUUGUGCCCGGGGCCGGUGGGGAGGCCGGGGAGGGGGACCCGGGGGGCGCAGGGGACUACGGGAACGGCCUGGAGUCUGAGGAGCUGGAGCCUGGGGAGCUGCUGCCGGAGCCCGAGCCCGAAGAGGAGCCGCCCCGGCCCCGCGCCCCUCCGGGAGCUCCGGGUCCUGGGCCCGGUUCGGGAGCCCCCGGCAGUCAGGAGGAGGAGGAAGAGCCGGGACUGGUCGAGGCCGACCCCGGGGACGGCGCCAUUGAGGACCCGGAGCUAGAAGCGAUCAAAGCUCGAGUCAGGGAAAUGGAGGAAGAGGCUGAAAAGCUCAAGGAGCUACAAAACGAGGUAGAGAAGCAGAUGAAUAUGAGUCCACCCCCAGGCAAUGCUGGCCCAGUGAUCAUGUCUCUGGAGGAGAAGAUGGAGGCUGAUGCCCGAUCUAUCUAUGUCGGCAAUGUGGACUAUGGUGCAACAGCAGAAGAGCUGGAAGCUCACUUUCAUGGCUGUGGUUCAGUCAACCGAGUUACUAUUCUCUGCGACAAAUUUAGUGGCCAUCCCAAAGGGUUUGCAUAUAUAGAGUUCUCAGACAAAGAAUCUGUGAGGACUUCCCUGGCCUUGGAUGAGUCCCUGUUCAGAGGAAGACAAAUCAAGGUGAUUCCCAAACGAACCAACAGACCAGGCAUCAGCACUACAGACCGGGGUUUCCCGAGAGCCCGAUACCGAGCCCGGAGUACCAAUUACAACAGCUCCCGAUCUCGAUUCUACAGUGGUUUUAACAGCAGGCCCCGGGGUCGAAUCUACAGGGGCCGGGCUAGAGCGACAUCAUGGUAUUCCCCUUACUAAAAAAAGUGUGUAUUAGGAGGAGAGAGAGGAAAAAAGAGGAAAGAAGGAAAAAAAAAGAAUUAAAAAAAAAAAAAAAGAAAAACAGAAGAUGACCUUGAUGGAAAAAAAAAUAUUAAAAAAAAAAAAAAAGAUAUACUGUGGAAGGGGGGAGAAUCCCAUAACUAACUGUGAGGAGGGACCUGCUCUGGGGAGUAGGGGAGGCCCAGGGAGUGGGGCAGGGGCUACAUAGUCCCUGUGGGGAUUCGCCAUGGACACAUCUCUACUGUGCGAGCUGCUCCCUGUUUCCCUGCUCCCCUCCAUCCUCUCUGGGCCUGCUCAAGGGUAGGUGGGCACGGGUGGUAGGAGGGUUUUUUUUACCCAGGGCUCUGGAAGGACACCAAACUGUUCAGCUUGUUUCCUUCCCUCGUCUUCUCCCUGCCUUCUGCAGUCCCUGCCUGCCUGCUCCUGUCCUACCAGGUCUCCGCCCACCCUACCCUUCUUUUCCGGCUCCCUGCCCCUCCAGUGUGCCUGGUGAUCUAUUUUGUUUCCUUUUGUGUUUCUUUUUCUGUUUUGAGUGUCUUUCUUUGCAGGUUUCUGUAGCCGGAAGAUCUCGCUCCCAGCCGCUCCAGUGUAAAUUCCCCUUACCCUCGGGGAAAUGCACUACUUUGUUUUGGGGAGUUUGGGGGUGUUUUUGUUUUUCAGGUGUUUUUGUUUUGUUUUAUUAUUUUUUGUUUCUUUACUGCUUUGUUUUUGUUUUUUGUUUUUUGUUUCCCUUUUAUUUGGAGGGAAUGGGAGGAAGUGGGAACAGGGAGGUGGGAGGUGGCUUUUGUUUUUUUUUUUUUUUUAACUCAUUUCCAGGGGAUGGGAAUUU